AUGCCAUCUCUCUCUGUCCUGGCUCUAGCCCUCGCCGGCGCCGCGGCUGCCCUGCCUAGUGCCCCCGCGAGCUCGAGCCAAGCCCCCGUCCCCAACUCCCUCUAUGUCAACGGCGUGCUCAAAGGCAGCUCGUCGCCGAAAUCAAGCUCGACCCCUUCGCUGGCUUGCAGCGCCGACGACGACGUGCUGCAAUGCGCCAACAGGGUCGCCAAGGAUAUCCAGGCCAGCACCAACGUGCAGCUCAACAACGGCUCCGCCCCGAACUUCCCGAUCCUCGUGCAGCGCCAGAUUCCGGACCACUACGAGGUUGACCUCGCCUGGAGCAGCAAGCUGUUCGACUGCUCCGUCAAGCCCCAGGUGGUGAGCCAGGGCGAGGGCUACUUUUGCAACUCUGACAAAUGCUCGCAGCAGUUCACGUUCAGGAGGUCCAAGACGGAUACCUAUAGCCGCGGCUACUCCAUCAGCGCCACGAUCAAUUCCGGCCUGCAGGUCAACGUCUUCUCGGCCUCUACCUCGAUCACGUCGACGUUCAACCAGGACUGGAGCAACUCUGUUACUACCGAGACAACGAUCCAGCGCACUAUCGAUAUGAAGGCCGGCCAGGUGUGCUUCCCCUCUACAGUGCAGCUGCGCAUGGAUUGCCAGCAGAUACUCACCUUGCGCCCGGGCGGCGGCAAGGCCGAGUAUAGCCUGGGCAAGAGGUUGCUGGCCAACGAGUUUAGAGAACUGGCCAGGGUCCCAGACAUCUGCAAGAUCUGGACGCCGACCCCUAACUUCCCCUUUGACAAGGCGCCCCCCAACUCCGUGAGCAGCGAGGCGUUGGGCAAGCUCUGCGACGCCUCCAAGCCAACAAACGUCACUCUCUACGUUACCGCUCCUGGCGGCGCCCCCUGGUCAAUGGAGGGAUGCAUGCGUUCCUAG